CAUAUUGAAAUAAUUAAAGAUAUAUUGAAGAGGGUGAUCCAAAAAGAACAAUGUAGCUCCAUGUUUUCAAAAGCUUCUCAAUUAAGUCAUUAGUAAAUUUCUAAAAAAAUUUCAAGAUACAUUCAUGCCAAACAACACUAAUUAUUCAAAUACAUUAAAAUUAAAUGUAGCCUAACAAUUAAUGGAUUACCAAAUAGAGCCAUACAUAAUACAACAUAUAUUGAAAAUGACAUAAUUGUGUAGAUCUCAGCUCAACUGAUAGAAACUGAAAAAUUAAAAAAAAAAAUCUCGUAAGUUAAAACCAAUUAUAAACAACCAACCCAAUAACACUGUCACAUGGUAUUACAGACUUACAAUAACAGAAAUACCUCAUGUAUCACACAUAUGCAACAUAAAUAAAAAUCACCACGAGUUUAAGAAGGUGCAAUUAUAAAGAAAAGGGACUUUGAGAGAGACUUAAACUUAAAAUAAGAGAGAAAACCAAAAAAAAAAUUAAUAAAAAAAAGCAUGUAGUGUAAGUGCGGUGCUUUGGGUUAAACUAAGCUAAGACUUAUCUCAUGUUUGCUUCACGUAAGCAGCUAAAAUGUGACUUUGCUUUUUCGCGUGGCUUUAAAGAUUUGUCCUCCUCCUUCCUCUUCUUCUUCUUCUUCUUCUUCUUCUACUUAAACAUUUCAUUUCUCUCAACCCCAAAAAAAAAAUAUUUACAAAAAAUUUAGUGAGAAAAAAAAAACAUCAUUCAUCCCUAAAAAAACAACCAACCCAAUAAAACACUCACCUACUUUUACAUACACCCUUCUUCUUCUUCUCUUUAUAUCAACCCUCUUCUUAAUUCUUUCACCACCAAAAAAAAAAAAUUAUGUAAGAACCCUAGUUAAAAAAAAAAAUUGCUUUGAUACUGAUUUGAACUGAAUUGAAUUGAAUUGAAGUGAUCGUUACAAUGAGUUGUGCAAACCCUGGGAGUAGUAGUAGCGGAGGGGGAGGAGGAGGAGGGAGUGGUGGAGGAGGUGGUGGCGGACCGUGUGGUGCUUGCAAAUUCUUGCGUAGGAAAUGUGUGGUAGGGUGCAUAUUCGCCCCGUAUUUCGAUUCCGAACAAGGGGCUGCUCAUUUUGCAGCGGUGCACAAGGUGUUUGGAGCAAGUAAUGUGUCAAAAUUGUUGUUACAUAUUCCUGUUCAUAAGAGGCUUGAUGCUGUUGUUACUAUUUGUUAUGAGGCUCAAGCUAGGCUUCGUGACCCCGUCUAUGGUUGUGUUGCUCAUAUCUUUGCUCUUCAACAACAGGUUGUGAAUUUACAAGCGGAGCUCUCAUACUUACAAGCACAUCUGGCACACCUAGAAGUACCAACACCACCGCCUCCGCCACCACAACCACUAAUGCCGCCACCACAACUAUCAAUCGCCGACCUUCCAUCAGCAUCCACCGUGCCUGCCACUUAUGACCUAUCCUCACUAUUUGACCCAAUGGUUCAACCAUUAUGGGCCAUGCAGCAGCAACAACAGCAGCAACAACGAGGCCCAAUGGACCAACGCUCAUAUGGAUCAGGUGAAAGAGGCCCAAACAUUGGGCCAUCCUCUAACAUUGGAGGGGGUGAUCUACAAGCAGUGGCACGUGAGUUCCUUCAUAGACAUGGAUCACCAAGUUAUGGGCACAUGCAUGAUCCAUCACCUUCAUCAUCCAUGUCUAAAUGAGAUAAUUUGACUCCAAUUUAACAUCAAGUACUUGACCCGAAACCGUUUUGAAAUGGUUCAGAUUAGGAAAUUUGGGUUAAUAUCAGUACAAUUUGGAUAACUGAUUUGCUCUUUGUCGUAAUUAUUAUUGUUAUAAUUUUUUUUUUCCUAUUUAACUUUAAUCCUGCCUUAAUUGGAAUUUUAUGUUAUAUAAACUCUAGAAAAAGAAUCAAAUUUUCGUUAAUUACAUGUAGGUACCGUAUAAUAGAAAAUUAAGUACUCUUUUUUUUUAUUUUUUUUUUAUGCUGCCUCCAAAUUUCUUAUAUAAAAUUUGCUUUGCCUUGUUAGUUUCAUGUGUUUUAAGGGUUAAAUCUUAACAAAAUUUACAAGUAUCAGGAA